AUGUUUCUGAAAAGAUUAAUGAAUUACAACUAUUAUGCAGGUUUAGAUAUAUUAAGAAAUUUUGAUAUUGUAAAUUAUCUAAUAGCAGGUAUUGUCCUUUUGGCUUUAGUAUUAGCUGUAUUUAAUGAAGAUGCAUCAGCAGGAUCUCCAAGAUUGUCAUGGGUAUUAGGAGAAUUCUUACCAAUACAACAAUCUAUUUUUACUAUAAAUCCUAAUGUAGAGAAUAAAUUGUUUAAUAAAAAAAAUAAUAAAUUACAUACUUUUAUUACUUCUUUAUAUAAGCUAUUUAUUGAAUUAAAAGAGUCUAUAUCAGAAGGAAACUUUUUAAAUUUAUUAAAAAAAAAGACGAGAGAUAUAAUAAAAAAAAUAGUAUUAUAUAAGAAUUUAUUAGUUUUAAAGUACAUAUCAGAGUCUAAAAGGCAUUUAUUUUAUAUGUUAGUAAAGCAAAAGUACAAUUUACCAAUUCAGAAGGAUGAAUCUGAAAUGCAAAGUUAUUUAGAUGCAAAAAGAGAAGUAAUUAGAUUAAAUAGAUGGUGUUUUAUGUGGAAGGUAUCGGAUGUUAAAAAUGAGUUUAUCAUAUGUGAAAAUAUUAAAGCUAGACCAAUAUCUUCAUAUUCUUAUCUCGAUUUUGUAAGAGAACCAUUAGUUCAAAAUGCUGCAAUAGAAGCAGCAAUGAAAUGGUCUACAGGAAAUCAUGGUCCAAGGAUGUUGGGUGGAAAUAGUCAAAUAUUAAGGGAUUUAGAAAAAAUUGUUGCUAAAUUUUUUGGUAGAAAUGAUUCAAUUUUAGCUGUGUGUGGAUUUUUAGCAUGUAUGUCUGGAAUAGCAGCGGUUGCAACCCCAGAAGAUUUAGUUUUAUCUGAUAGUCGUACUCAUGCAUGUGUAAAAAUGGGAAUACAAGUAUGUGGUGCAAAAAAUUUUAUAUUUAAACAUAAUGAUUUUAAUCAUUUAGAAUUAUUACUACUCAAACAUAGAAAGAAAUAUAGAAAUUGUUGGGUGUGCAUUGAGUCAGUUUAUUCAAUGGAUGGUGAUAUAGCUGAUUUACCGACAGUUAAAACAUUAUGCAUCAAACAUAAUGCAAAGAUAUACUUGGAUGAAGCUCAUGGUUUAGGUGUAUUAGGAAAAACAGGAAGGGGGUUAGAAGAACAUUUCAAUAUGCAUGGAGCAGCUGAUAUUAUUGUUGGAACCUUCAGUAAAACUAUAGGAGGGGUAGGAGGAUAUAUAGUGGCAUCUGAUGAUGUAAUAGAAUUUUUAGAUUUCCAUUGUAUAGGUAAUGUUUUUUCUGCUCCUUUACCAGCCUACAAUGCAGGAGGUGCAAUGAAAGCUUUUGAAUUAAUUGAUUCUCAACCAUGGAGAAUAGAAAAACUUAAAUUUAAUGCAAAAUAUUUAAGAAAUGGAUUAAAGACUGGUAUGGGUUACUGGCCAAAAGAUUAUCCAGAAAGUUAUAAAUAUAUCAUAGAAGGAGAUGAUGCUACUAGUGUUAUACCUGUUAUUUUUCCUAAUGAUCCUGAUAGAUUAUUUAAAAUUGGUAAUGUUUUGUUAAAAAUGAAUUGGAUGAUUUCUGCUGUAGUUUAUCCUGCUUGUCCAUUAAGAUAUCCAAGAUUUAGAGUUACUGCAACUUCAGCAUAUACAGUAGAAUAUAUGAAUCAAUUUAUUCGUGAUAUUGUUUAUGCUACGGUUAGUGUAAAUCCAUCUCCAUUUGAAGAGGAAUUAAUAACUAUAUAA